AUCAAACACAGAGAGUGAGACUUGAACCGAAACUGGGGCAGCUGGCUCAGGUACGCACUUCUCUGCGUGCCUCCUAUCAAACAGGAGGAAGCCGCAGCGCAGCAGGAUAAACGAACGCCACCAACAAGGAAAACACCAAAGACAAGGAUCACAGGCCUCGCCCGUGCAGAAUCCGCACCCCCAAAAAGACCCACGUCUUGUUUAAAAAAAGACGGGGCCAAUUCGAGCACGUUUCGCUGGCCACCGAAAGUUGCAAAUGAGCCGGAGUCCAUGUUGGAGGUGGUUUCGCGGCAUAUCCUGAAAAGGCAGAAAAGCCUAUGCACCGAUCCCAGCGUGCAGUGCGCGGGCAAGACGGAACAAAAAGCGAAUACAGAAUGUGGGGGCAUCCGGUGGAAAAGGCAGCGAAGCCACAGCCCAGGUUGACUUGCUGCUCCCGUUUAGUUUGCCGGAGCCACAACACCAAUUCCGAGACAGGUAAAUCUUGCGUGCCGCGUGGGCUUGCCCAAUUCCGUUCUCCCCUAAUCUUCCGCGUGGUUAAGAGCGCAGGCCAUUUUUUCGGCCCUGGGCAGCUGGUGCAAGAUAAGAUAAAAAAAGCUACAAUCCUGGGGCGAACGGGCACGAGCUUUUUUCGCCCUCCUGAAGCUGGUCUUGCAAAUACAGCCUUUGUGCCGCCAUUUUUUUUUUCCCCCACAGCCAUGAUACCGCAAGAAACCCGGACUCUCCCGACGACCCUAGCGCCGGGCCGCCGCAGGCAAAACAGACGGGGCACCCGGAACUCGUUGUUCGUGGGCGGCCGCAGCGCCAACAGACUCUUUUCGCGGCGCGGCGCUGGCAGCCUGCCGCCCGAGCAUGGCCCCGGAGAUAACUGGGGCUGCCCCGGAGAUAACACACGUGGCCCCGGAGAUAACAUGCGUGGCCCCGGAGAUAACACGCGUGCGCGCGACAACAGUGCCAGCGGAGGCCCGCCCCAGGUCUACGUGGACAUCUUGACGGAUUCUUCCAGCUCCCAGCUGUCGAUGUUUUCGUUCGAGGAGCCGGCUUCCUCCGCAGAGCCGAGUGAAUACGACGACUACUUCUGCAGCAACACCUUGGAUGCCGACAGCGGGCGCCGGCUCCAGGCCUUGCAGACUUCCAUGUGCAACCCGGACUUGUCGCCGUCGGUGCGCUCGGUUCUCGAAACCGCGUUCCGCCAAUUUGACAAGCAGAGUGCGCGCACGCUAGAAACGCUCCCGCCGUAUUCCCACGAUUGCAAGCCGCCGCCGUACCUGGUGUGAGGGGGCGGUGUUUUAUAGACAUGGGGCGGUGUAUAUAGAAGUUUCUGUGGCGAGAUGCCGGAUCCCUGGGCUGACCU